CCUUUCACAAGGGACCAAGAUUUCCAAGAAUCAGUUUCCAUUUUGCACGUGGGCAGCUUUCGCCCGCCCUUCGGUGUGUCUUUCGUUCGAUCAGCAUUGCAGCUGCCGCACUGCAUGCAUGCCAAUUGACAAUCCGGACGAAGAACCAAACAUAGCUACGCGACAGAUUGAUGUCUCUGAGACACAAAUUUGGCCUCUGCCGAAGCAGUUCAGCCAUCUAGCUAGCUAGCGAGAGCUCUACCGGUAGGUGCAUGCCUUAUGAAGGAUCAAGGGCGAGGCAGAAAGAUCGAACUGUCAGUCCACCGGUACCGUCGAAUCGAAUCGAAUCCAGCUAGUAGUCAAGGCCAGCCGAAGCAAGCAACCAAUCCAUACUCGUACCUUUGAUCAUCCAGGAACAUCUGCUGAUCAAGCAAGAUGGACGACGACAUUGAGAAUGCCCUGACCAGCCGACACCAUUUGCACCAUCUCUCCACGGUUCACGAAGAGCUGAGCCCAUUGGACCUGGACCUGUCGGAUUCCUUGAGUGGACACGAUGAGAACGUUGCGUAUGCCCGCCAUCCCAAUGGGCCUCUCACAUCCCAGCAGGUGCCAUCACUGUCACCUCCUGGAGCUGCAACUACUACCAGUAGUGAUGGUAACCCAAUCAACUACAAUUCAAGGCCCUCGCAGGAUGCACUGAUACCGGACGCCGACAAUAAUGAAUACACGGAACCCAUGAAUUUACCGGACAUUAGUGAAAGUAACAAUGAGGUGUCUGGGGGGAAUACACUGGCGGAUUUACUUUCGACCGACAACAAUAAUAUUGAGGAGAACAACACGAACAGCCGAAGAAGACAAGACAGUUUUCGAGGCUCCGGCAAUCGAGGUCUGUAUCGAAGACCGGCGCGGCAGGAUGUCAAGAGAGAGUCCAUCAAAAAGGAACACGGACAACAUGUUUCGAUGGUCACAGGAUCCAUGCGAAAUGCCAUGGAUGAAAAGGUCCGUCGAAGAGAACGAUUCAAGAAACAAAUCAACAAUCUAUUUCGCAGCAAGGAUAGCGACGAUGAAGACGACGAAGAGGGGAUUGGUGGCACCAAAAUUUCCAUGCACGGAAGACUCAUGGUGCAGCCAUCACGACGACACCUAGUCAUUCCACCCAGUAGCAGUGCGGAAAGUGGAGGAAAGACACAAGAAGAAUACGAUGAAGAAGAGGCAGCCGAACGAAAACGGGAAGAAACACAAUACAGACUCACCACUGUCAAGGGGAAACGACGAAAUGCCCUGACAGUCAAGGGAAUGUACGAGGAUCUUACCAAGGGGGAGGGCGACACUUGCGACACGUGUUUUUGCUGCUUUUUGUGUUGUCAAGGGAGUUCCAGUGAACGAUUCAUGUCGGCGUUUUUGCAUUGGGCAUUUCGGAGUCCUUUCGUUGUCGUCUUUGGGACGGCCGCAAUUGGAUGGAUUGCCAUGACAUUUCUAUUCGCCUUUGUCAUUUGGGUUAUUGGGGCGUUCAAACCGCAUUGCAUUGGGGGUGUCGAUUUUGCAUUGUCUCCUGGACGCUUUAUGGAUGCCUAUCAACUCAGUUGGACGACCUUUAGUACUGUGGGCUACGGACUGAUAUAUCCUGCAACGUCGGCAAAUCACCACAACAUCAAAAAUUGCACUGAAAUCACGAUCCUGGCAACAUUUGAAUCUUUUGUGGGUGUGCUUUUCUCUUCCCUUUGUGCUGCCCUUAUGUUUGCCAAAGUGGCAAGAGUACAGAGUUUCGCACAGGUUACCUUCAGUGACCCCAUGGUCAUUCGUUUCGGCGAUGGAGUCAAUCCAGAUGAUAACGAUCUGGAUGCAUCCGACGACGAAGACGACGCGAUCAGUAAUCGAUCUGGCGGCAGCAACAAUAAACCAAAAAAGAAACAUUCGUCCGACCAUCGGAUUCCUUGCCCCGUUUUGGAAUUUCGAAUCUUCAAUCGGAUGGAUUCCAUUCCAGGAGGCGAAAUUAUUGACGCAACACUCAACAUGGUAGCGGUUAUUGACCCUUCUCAGGCAGACAUGUCGUUGGCAGGCAAACGUGGACGCCGAAAGAGAGGGAAGAAAAAGAGGGGCCCAAUGAAGCAGCAAAAAACUCUUUCGAUGCGGUUCAUGGACGAUGACAACGACGCGGAUGACGACGCAGAUGAAAACGACGAUGGAGGAGUACCAAAAACCGACUCGAUGAAUUCAGAGGCCUCUUCACCAACAACACAAAACAAUGCUUCUCCCCCGCCACCGCCACCGGAAGAAACGUCUCCGGUACUCUCCAAACCAAGCAUAGUUACGUUUCAACAAUCCACUGCUGAGAGGGGCACCUCCCUUCCCUUGCGAGGCCCUGCACCAGCGCUCACCAGGCGAGGGACAACCGAGAGCAUCCCACAACGAGCACCACCUCCAUCACUCACUAGACGCGGGACAAGCGAAGGCAUCCCGCCGCGAGAGCGGACCCCCCCUCCACCACUCACCAGACUCGGGACAAGCGAAGAUGUCCAUUCGCACCGAGCAAUGCACCCACUGCACCAGCAUACGCACCCACAACAAGUUCUCCCGCAACCCCAGCUUCGCCCCACUCAAAGCUUGGGGUCGCGUACCGGAACUGUACGCCGCACGCGUCCCCAAAAUGGAUACAGUAGCUUGCGAGGAUCGAAUACCAGCAGUUUUGGUCGCCAAAGCAUCAUGGACCGAUUCAAGGCAAGACUGCAUCGACACGAUUCGAAUCAAUCCACUGGCAGCAAUUUUGGCUCUCCAAGCAGCUUGAAUCACCCAAACAGCUUGAAUAAUGUUUCGACAAGGACAGGGAACAGGACUUUACAAGCCUUCGACGAAGACCCGACCGGAAAGCUAGUCGCGAAACAAAUGCUCUGCAAAUUGGAUCUAGACUCGCCCGACCAUCCCUUCUUUCGACGCAUCUGGCUUGUGAGACACACUCUGGAUCUCAAUUCGCUUCUUCUGAAACCACAUGUGCGGGUAUUGCUGCGAAAGAAUCACGGAUACUGGCCCAAAGAACUCAACAACUACGAGAGUAUUAGGGCUAGCAUUGAUUUUGACCAAAUUUUGGUGAGCCUGUCCGGGACGUCCAAUGCUGAUGCAAACUCGGUGUACGCUCAGCACGUGUACAAUAUGAUUGAUGUGAAUGUUGGCUACCGUUUUGUCAAUGCUCUAUACCGCGACCCUAAUGAUGGCAGCUUGCGUGUAGACCAGACAUUGAUCAAUGAUGUAAUGGAGCAAGCAGGCGGAGGUGGUGAACCCUUUCAGGAUUUUGACGAGGAGAACUUCCGUGAGAUGCUAGUAUUGUAGAUUGGUUGGAGAGCCUACCGGUAUUGCAGGGCGUCUAGCUAGCUAGUAAAUGAUGUUCAGUUCUCAGUUUUUGCGCC